AUGGGUUUUCCCAGUGACGGCAGUAGUGACGAUGCGAAGCACAGCAACAAGAGCAACAAGAAACGGAAGGCCAAGAAAGAUAAGAAAUCUUCUAGAAAGAAAAAACGCGACAGGGACUCAGGAAGCGAGGAAGAAGGGAACUUCCAACUUGACCAGUACGCUCAGGAAGAUGUAGACCGCCUCCUUAUCUCUUUGCUGCAGCUUUCUCCGCUGAUGGAGACAGAACUUUUGGACGUGUUCAAACAGCUGGAUUCAUGGGGCAUCGUGUAUUUGAAUGACCUUGGCGAUAUCCGACUGCGAAAGAAACUCCGCCAUCUUUUUCGCGCCCUUUUUGUUGCUGAGGUUGAGGGUGAGCAAGGCAAAGGUUGGAGGAAGGUGCUUACAUGUAAAAUAUCGCUCUCCAAGUUUGUGAAACGUCGCUGCAAGGAACUACGUCCACGGCUUGAAGAGUUGAGCCCUCCAGUUGAAGUUCGCCUUGCUGAAGCUUCAGAUGGAGGAGAGGAACAACCCGUUGAGGAGUCACGGUUCGACGCCGAGGAGGCGGAACGCAAGGCGGAAGAAGCGGUGCAGCGUUGGCGUGCUGAGCAUGCCGAACUUGAUGGACUUUCAGAAUGUUCCGUUCCUCAGCAAGCAUCUGGGCAGCAGACAGAGCCUUGUGAAGGAAAGUCUGGCAGAGAGGAAUGGAUGCUUGUAGCCCCAGCCUAUCUCCGUUGCCUGGCUACAAAGGAUGGGCCUGAUGCAAAGAGAAUGCAAAUAUUGCAGCAGAAAAAGAAGGAUGACGAAGAAGCUGUACGCGUCAAAGCGAUCAUGGAAGAGUGGAACAAAACACGAAAAGUUAAGAGCCUUCGAGAACUUAAGGAGGAAGGCGAGUUUGCAGAGGGCGAAGAGGCCUAUAAGCGCUGGAAACGGAGCAUGGAAGCUGCUCGAAAUGUUUGGGGGAAGCGGGCGGCAGAGCAGGCAGCUGAACAGGAUUUUGUGCGUACUCAAGUCCAAUUCUGGGACCCUCUGUAG